CAGGAGGACUCGUUUAUGAAAAGGGGCUGGUUUAAUUCGAAGGCAUGUCACUUUUUUCUUUACUGUUCUUUCAGCGACUGCAGUACAAGUUCGCAACUCCUAUUCUGCGGGCAGAGCCGAGGAGAGUUGAAAACCGACAGGGAGCGAAGAAACUGAAGAACAGAGCUCCGCUAACUCCGUGACAGGGCAGGAACACGCACCUUCUCAACACAACACACGAGGCAAAGGUCUCAGCGAUGAUGUCUCCUCUCCUCCCUCUCUUGUCCCUGCUCGUCUCCUCUCUCGCACUCCCCUUUGAGCAGAGGGGUUUCCUGGACUUCUCGCUGGACAUUGUCGAUGGGGGGGGCUCGAUGAUGAUGAUGAACGAUGAGGAGGGCUCAGCCAUCGAGGAGGAGACCCCCACGCCCCCCGGCCCAGGACCUGUCUGCCCCUUCGGCUGUCACUGCCACCUAAGAGUGUUGCAGUGCUCCGACCUGGGUCUGACCUCAGUUCCGAAGAACAUACCUUCAGACACAGCCCUGUUGGACCUGCAGAACAACAAGAUCACAGAGCUGAAAGAAAAUGACUUUAAGGGGCUCCACAACCUCUACGCGCUGGUCCUGGUCAAUAACCGCAUCUCCAAGGUGAGCAGGAAGGCCUUCCAGCCUCUGAGGAGUCUGCAGAAGCUCUACUUCUCCAAGAACCUCCUGACUGAGGUCCCGCAGGGCCUGCCCCCCUCGCUGGUGGAGCUCAGAAUCCACGAGAACAGAAUCAAGAACGUCCGCAAGGGGGCCUUCCAGGGACUGGGCAGCAUGAACUGCAUCGAAAUGGGGGGUAACCCCUUAGAGAACAGCGGAUUUGAACCCGGGGCCUUUGAUGGACUGAAACUUAACUACCUUCGAAUCUCUGAAGCCAAACUUACUGGAAUUCCCAAAGAUUUCCCAGCCAGUAUCAAUGAGCUGCACCUCGAUCACAAUCAGAUUCAAGCCAUUGAGCUUGAGGACCUCAUCAGAUACAAGAGUCUCUACAGGCUGGGUCUGGGGUACAAUCACAUUCGCAUGAUUGAGAAUGGCAGCCUUGCCUUCGUCCCGAACCUGAGGGAGCUUCACCUGGACAACAACCGACUGAGAAAGAUACCAGCCAACCUGCCGGACAUGAGAUACCUGCAGGUGAUCUACCUGCACGCUAACAAUAUCAGCCAGGUGGGAGUGAAUGAUUUCUGCCCUCGAGGCUUUGGUGUGAAGAGAGCUUUCUACAACGGCAUCAGCCUCUUCAGCAAUCCUGUCAACUACUGGGAGGUACAGCCUGCCGCCUUCCGCUGUGUCACCGACAGACUGGCUAUACAGUUCGGAAACUACAAAAAGUAAAGAGAGAGGAGAGGGAGAGGGGGAGAGGAGAGGAGGGAGAAAACGCAAGCAUUUUCUGUUUGUUGGUUUUUUUAUUGCAUAAUGUUAGCGUUGUAUGUUGGUGUAUAUUAGUGAUGGAUGGCACUUGUUUUCAAAGUCUCCCAGCUUGUACUUCCUGAGGUCACUUUCAUCCCAGCAUGGAAAAAUAACAUUUCUUUAAAACAAUGUGACUGGCAUUUGUGAUCCAGGUUGGAAAGUUGAAUACGUUUGUGAAUCUCUUGAGAGCAUCGCCUCGUCCUCACAGACUGAAAUAAACUUUCCUGGUCCAGUAACUCUCCUGAAAAAACGAAGACCUUGAGAAAGACUGACUUGAAACAUUUGUCAUUGAAUUUAUUAAGUUUAUUUUAGUUUUUUUCUAAAUGUGUCACUUCUUAUUUUAUAGCUUAAGAUAUCAAAUCAAAUUUCUACUGUUUUUGAAUUUUUUUUCAAACAUUUUCUUUACUUAGUUCUCCUUUCUAGCUACCUUUAACCUGAAACAUUUCAAAUGACAGCUCCCCUCACUGGAACUGAAGGCUGAUGGGAGAUGUAGUUUUUUUUUUUUUUUUUUAACUAAGACAGGUUUCAGUAUAAAGAACUACAGCUCCCAGGUUAUAGUAUUUUUUAUAUAUGUUGUGUAUACCAAGUAGGAGACAGGGGGUAGGGAACUAGAUCAGGGAGUAUAUAAUGAACUUGGGUUCAUCCAUCACUGAUAUACACCCACAGCCCCCUACCCCUCCCUUCCAGACAACUCUAUUCUCCAGUGUUUUACUCAUUCUUUAUUUUCAGUUUUUACCAAUUUAAAAAAAAAAGUGACCCUUUUUUUCACCCACAAUUUGGGCUCAAGUUAUAAUUCAUCUUUAUCUAACCCACAUUUUACACCAUCUUUUUUAUUUAUUUAUUUUUUAUUUUUUACCAGUUUUUUUUAGCUACAAAUUCUCAAGUUUACAACCAAUUCAAAUUAAAAUUGUACCUGUGUUUACCACCAAAAUUACAGAUUAUUCCCCAUAUUUCCCAGGCUUUUCACAAAUAUCCAGACCCAAUUUUAAGACAACUCCACGUGAUAAAAUAUUUAAAAAAAAAACAUUAAAUGGACCCAAUUUAGCUAUAAGCCUAUAUUCAAUGUAAGAAUC